GCUGCCGGUCCAAUUUCUUUGUGUGGCUGGGCUGGGACGCGCUCAAUUUUCUGUCGGAUUGUGUUUGACACACAUUACCGGCAUCAUGUCAUUGACAUUUGUGCAGCCUCAACAGAAGAAGGGGCCUGCACCCAACCAGGCGACCAUUCAGAAGAUGCUGGAUGAAAACAAUCAGCUGAUACAAGCCAUCGUUGAUUACCAGAAUAAAGGGAAAUCUUCGGAAUGUUUACAAUUUCAGCAGAUGUUGCACAGAAAUUUAGUGUACCUAGCCACCCUUGCCGACUCGAGCCAGAAUAUACAAGCGCUUCUACCACCUCCUGCUCAGUUAAACCCAGCAGUGAAUCAGCCUCAGCAGCCACAGCAGCCCCAAAACUCACAGAUGAACCAAAUGCGACCCCCAGGACCAAUGCAAAACCAGAUGAAUUCUGCAGGAGGGCCAGGUAGUGGUAACCAGAUGAUGACACCCAGCAGUGGUGGUAACAUGACUCCCCCAACAAGCCAGGGAAUCUAUCCCCAGGGAUCAGGUGGGUCAGGCCCACAACAACAGCCAAUGCCUGGGUCUGGGGGCUACCCUCGCCCCGCACAGCAGAUGGGUGGCCAACCACCCAUGGUGUCGCAGUCAGGUUCAUACAGACAUUCAGACAAGAAAAUUGUCCCACUCGACAAGCCACAUCGUCACUCGACUCAAAAAGACACCAACAGUGACGUCACCAAACAUGGCUUACCCAAAAUAGAUCAAAUGCCAUCUGGUAUGUCAAACACUCAAAACUACAACAUGCCGCAACAGAGCGGCUACCCCAACCAACAACAGCCAAUGAUGUCCCAGAAUCAACCCAUGAUGCCACAGCAACAGUCGAUGAUGUCACAGCAACAACCUAUGAUGUCACCGCAACAACCGAUGAUGUCACAAAAUCAGCCAAUGAUGGGACAACAGCAGCCAAUGUUGUCAGGCCAGUCAACUGGACAGAGUGGCUCCAUGAUGAAUCCUCGCCAGAUACAGGGAGCCUACAGGCGUCCUGGUACAGGUCAGUACGGACCACAGCAGAAUUUUUCCGGGCCACAACAGUACCCCAACCAAACCUCCUACAGCCAGGGAAGUCAAGGGCAACAAAACAUGCCGCAAGGUCAAGCCUACAACCAGAACUCCAAUAUGCCACAGUCUCAGUAUACAGGUUUCCAGGGCCAAAAUCCUCAGCAAAGAUUCAACCCUUACUUGCGUAACCAAGGCAACAUACCUGGCAACCAGAUGGCUGGUGGACCAAUGGUGAGUCAGGGUCAGAGCCCGGGACCAAUGCCUGCCCCCAUGCAAGGUCAAAAUCACAUGGGUAGUGGACAGAUGCAUGGUCAGAGCAACAUGGGAGGUCAGAUGCCACAGGGUCAAGGUCAAACGCCCAAUCAAAUGCCAAGUCAAAUUUCUGGACAAAAUGCUAUACCAAGUAGUGGACCAAUGGGAGGACAGAUGCCGAACCAAGGUCCAAUGCCAUCACAGGGGUCUAUAGGUAACCAGAUGCAAGGCCCGAGUCCCAUGAGUGGAUCUAUGCCUUCCCAAGGCCAGAUGAGUGGACCAAUACCAGGCCCAGUUCCCGCUGGAGGUCAGAUGCAGAACCAAGGCUCAUUUGGUUAUAAUUCCCCCCAGUACUGAAAUAAAAUGUCAUGUAGAUCUGAAACGUAAGGUAUUGUAUGUGGAUAUUCUGAAUUGAAUCGUUUUCAAAUUUUGUAGCAAUGAGCAGUUUUAACUGAUUCAUGUUGUAUAGUGAAGAAGAAGGAUAAAGAAACCUUCAUUUUGAUGAGGAAUCCUCGUGAAUGCUAGAUAUUCCAGGACAAAUUUUCUGUUGUCUUUGAUAAUUGCAUUUCAUUUGCCAAACUUGUGAGCAUUUAUUAUUUACAGAUUAAUUGUACAUACAUCUGCUUUGUAAAUAUUCCUAUUAUAUUCUGUGUACAGGAAGGAUGGAAAUAUGUAAAGCUGAUUUUGCAAUGGGUAUUUGUUUGGGUACCAUUGUCUUGAUCAGGCUCUGCAAGAUUAAUAAAAAUUGGACAUAGGUGUCAGCCUCCAUAGAGGGAGAACGUGUGUGAAAUGUAACUGAAACUGCUUUGCUCAAUUUAUCUUUCUCUCUUUUUUCGUAUCAAAAUAACUCCAAAUAGCAUUCAUUUGAUUCUGACACACCUGUUAUGAUCAUUGCAAACACCCUGCUGUAAGUAGGAGAUCAUUUGACCACAGGAUGUAGAUUUUGAGUUUGUGUGAGUUUGGACUUGAAUGAGGGAGUUUCAAGGGAGAUUGGUAAUUUUUUGUCAAAAUGAGAGAGUCUCCCUCCUAAUGAAGGAGAGGUUUGACAGCUAUGAUUGGACUGAUGCUAAAAUGUUUGUAAGAUAACUGAAGUUUAUAUGUUUGUUUAGACCCUGGUUGGUCUAGUCAGAUAGUUUUUUGUCAAAACGAGAGAGUCUCCACCCUAGUGAGGGAGGGUUGACAGCUAUGAUUGGACUGAUGCUAAAAUGUUUGUAUGAUAGCUGAAGUUAAUAUAUAUGUUUAGACCCUGGUUGGUCUAGUCAGAAGGUUGUUAGUGAGGUACCUUCUACCUAUGAAAUAGAGGCAAGAGAAUCUUAUAUUUUGUACAGAAUCUUAAUGGAUUGUUAACGAUAAUAAUCCAAACAACACGUGGCCCAAGUGGAGGAGGACAGUUGUUUGUUAUAAAGCAAGGAUUAAGCUGGUCAAUGUUUUCAGAUCUAAGAUUGCUGACACAGUCACUUGUGUUAUGAAUUUAUUCUCAUUUAAAUAUUCAUGUAUAUUCUGCAAGACCAUUGUAAGGUUUCCCUGUUUACACUAGAUAAACCUGUGCAAUUCUUAGAAAUGUAAUCAAGAUAUUGGCCCCUCUCAUGUUUUAUCUCCACAGGUAUCAUAAAUGUUAUUCCAUAAUUGAGAUAGAUUUACUAUUCCUAAAUAUUUGCAUGUGUAUUGAUUAAAAUAUCAAGUUGAAAUGAAUUUUAAUCAAAUUGAUGCUGUAACUAUGCAUUGUACAUACAACGUGUUAAUUUGUUGUUGUUUGUAUUGUAACAAAAAAGACUGAAUAAUGUACCCUGAUGUGUUAAACUGUGUACAGUUGAGACCUAUUAAAAUCCACAUUUUUCCUUGCUACAGCAUAUAUAUAUAUAUUUUUACCACUCUCAGAUCAUUGUGGUAUAUGACCUUCCAGAGUUUUGAUUGGUCGAUAAGACGACUUUUUCCACACGCUUUUUGCCACGUGCUGCUUUGUUUAUGUCGUCUGCUGUCAACAUCCAGCAAAUGUUGGUGAGGUUAUGCGAUGGGGGGAAAGGGGGGUUAUUAAGGCAAUAUUAAAAGAAGAUGAUACUUAAAGAUUUGAUCGCUAGUUUCAGGCAAAAUUGCUAAAGGCACUCGGUAUCAUUUCGACAUCGCACCGUUUGGUGUCCAUGUCGAGAAACCAAAACAAGAUCUGUCAGUGUCGGAAAAUAUUUCGUUCUCCCAACGUCCCGUUAUCGCUAUUUGGAGGGUCUGACUAUGGCUGAACUUUCACUAUAAACGUCAGCCAUAGAACAAUUAUGAAGAAACGUUCCAAGCCUAUGGUUUUGGACAUUGACGGCGAUUAGUUCGACUUUAUCACUUGGCGGGAAGCAGACAUCGUAUGAUUUGCAUACGCGCAUAUAAUCUGAGGUUAAUUUAUAUAAACCGAUACUACAUACUCUCAAUACUUAAAGACGUUCAUCUACUAUAAUUUUUGCAUGAAGUUGUUGCCAAAACAUUUAUUUUAACAAUUAUUAAAUUUGUAAAAAAAAAAAGUCAUUUUUGAAUAUUAAUGAGUGACUUUUUACAUAUGGUUCAUAUCACUACGCCAGCCUUGCCAACAAACAUGUGUGUAUGUUAUUCAAAUCAGGUCACACUCCAGCUGUUACGACCGAGAUUGUGGUAGAAGCAGAUCACACGACUCGUGGUUGUUGAGUAUGGUAUUUCACUCAAGUUGGUUAAUUUUCAAAAGUUAACUUACUCGAGUGAAAUAAAUACCAUAUUCAACAACCACUCAUUGUGUAACCUCUAUUUACACACUUUUCAUGUCAAAUCUUGUCGAAUAUUUAAAGAGAUCAAAUCAAGCAAAAUUACUUUUGUUUACAAUAAUGUGUGAGGGAAAAUUAAGUAUUUAAGGAGGCACGGUAGUCCAGUGGUAGGACGCCGGGCUCAUGACCGAGGAUUGCGGGUUUGCGCCACUGCAAGGCAAUGUGUUGUAUCUUUGAGCAAGAUGCUUUAAUCCGCUUUUUCCAGUCUACUCAGCUGUAAAUGAAUACAUGGUUGGGCAGUGCUAGAAUUGUUGAAUGCUAGCUGUUGGCGCCGAAAUGACAGCUCCGGCUGUAUGCUCCCCAGGGAGUUGAGAAAAGUUUUGGCUGGUUGCAAAGACCCUAUAACCACGGAUUAUAAUUUGUGAUCCGCUUUGAGACUACCUACAAAUAAGGUUGUGAUAAAGCGGUAUAUAAGAACCUCGAAUUAUUAUUAUUAUUUAAUCAAUCACUUAUGUCGACUUUACAAGUUUUAAUGCAUGCUUGAUAUUUGAGCAGAUAUCUAGUUUCUAUGAUAGAAUCUAUGAUGUAAUUAUGUAUCUACUGUACAUGAAAAAAGCACGUAUUAUAUGGCAAAACAGGAAUUUCAUAUAAAGUGACAAAACUGAUGCUAUUAAAAUUUUAUAUGCGCUUUACUUUAAAAUUUGGAAAUUGGCUCAAAAUUUGAAUUCAAUGUCAAAAUCAUCAACAUUUCUUUAUGUACUCGUGUUGUUAAUAAAUACCAAAUUAAUUACAUUUACCUUUUGGUAUUUCACUGAUUCUGGUUUGCGGGUACUUGCAGCAUAUUUUUAUUUCCCAGAUGCAUGUAUUGUAAUUUGUAUAGGGUGUUUGUAUACUGUUUGUAAACUUUAUAAUCCUGUACUCUUAACGUUGUAUAACCCAGUAUGUAUAACAUAAGUAGCUGUAUAUUAUCUCCUAUGUAAAGCGACACCAUUGUGAUGUUAUAAUCCUGUACUCUAAACGUUGUAUAACCCAGUAUGUAUAACAUAAGUAGCUGUAUAUUAUCUCCCAUGUAUAGCGACACCAUUGUGAUGUUAUACACGUAGUUGGGAAUAAAUGGUGUUCAUACAAUGA